CCAACCUCCUCCUCCCGCGCCGCCGCCCUCCCGAUACGAUACCCCCACAACACAACAAACACAGAAGAGCAGCGCGACCGCGGCGACCUCGUCCCCCCUGCCUGCCGCCCCCACCCUCCUCUCUCCUCUUCUUCCCCGCAGCAGCGCCAGCCCACCAGAUAGAAGAGACGCGCCGCGCCGCGUUGCCCAGCGCCGCGUCCUCCGCGUGGUUGGGGGCUGCUUAUGAUUGAGGCGGGGGCCGGCGCCGCGCCUGCUAUUUAGGGAGCCCGCACCGCCGCGCGGGAAGCGGAGCGAUCGAACCGUAGCAAUCGAUCGAUCAAUCAAUCAAUCAGCCUGCCGAUCGACCGAUCGAGGAGAGCGCCCUGCACGUCUGCUGCGGCCUGCGGGGGAGGGGGGGAGAUGGCGUCGGGGUACCGCGCGGAGGAGGAGUACGACUACCUGUUCAAGGUGGUGCUGAUCGGGGACAGCGGCGUCGGCAAGUCCAACCUGCUGUCGCGGUUCGCCAGGGACGAGUUCAGCCUCGAGACCAGGUCCACCAUCGGCGUCGAGUUCGCCACCAAGACCGUCCAGGUCGACGACAAGCUCGUCAAGGCGCAGAUCUGGGACACCGCCGGCCAGGAGAGGUACCGCGCCAUCACGAGCGCCUACUACCGCGGCGCGGUGGGCGCGCUGGUGGUGUACGACGUGACCCGCCGCGUGACGUUCGAGAACGCGGAGCGGUGGCUCCGGGAGCUGCGGGACCACACGGACGCCAACAUCGUGGUCAUGCUGGUGGGCAACAAGGCGGACCUGCGCCACCUCCGCGCCGUCUCGCCCGAGGACGCCGCGGCCUUCGCGGAGCGGCACGGGACCUUCUCCAUGGAGACGUCCGCGCUGGACGCCACCAACGUGGAGCGCGCCUUCGCCGAGGUGCUCCGCCAGAUCUACCACGUCGUGAGCCGGAACGCGCUCGACAUCGGGGAGGACCCCGCCGCGCCGCCCAGGGGCAAGACCAUCGACGUCGGCGCCGCCAAGGACGAGGUCUCGCCCGUGGACGCGGGCGGGUGCUGCUCGGCUUGAGCCUUUUUUCCCUUUCCCCCUUUUUAGCCCUGGUCAAACGAUGAGACGCUUUCCUGGUAACCAAACAGGGCCUAAGGAAGAAAAGACAGGACGUGCUGCCAACUGCCGCAAUCUUUCUUGACAAUUGACAGGGUCAAGCGGUUGGGGUUUGUUGGCGCUCGACAAUUGACACCGUGUUUUGGAGAGGGCCGCAUGUUGUUUUCCAACCUUGCAAUCGCUGUCCUAGUGUGUAUUCAUCGGCCCGCCCAUGAUACGGUAGCAUAUAGUACAUAUAAUUAUUAUAAUUAUUACAAGUGAAAGGUUAUGACUUGUGAAUGUAGUCUUUGCAUGUUGAA